AUGUUAAAAAAGUUGUUUACUAAUCGUUCGAGUUUUGUAAUAUUUAUUGCAAAACGUUCAGCAUUUAUUCAAUCGAAUGCCGAUUUAGGUGAUGAAAUGAAAUUGUUAAAUGAUAAUAAACAAUUCGAAAAAGCACUUGAUUUAUUCAAUAAAUAUAAAACAAAAUCGAAUGAACAAUAUUCUAAUUGGAGUAUAAUUCAAGCUUUAAGAGCAUGUACUGAAAUAGGUGAUCUUCAUUGUGGUUCAAAUAUUCAUAAUCUUGUUUCAUCUCGAUUAAAAUAUGAUCCUUACAUAUUACCAUCAUUAAUUCAUUUCUAUAUGCAAUGUGGUGAUGUUAAUCGUGCUCAAUCUUUGUUUGAUACAUCAACAAAUAAAACUUUAUUUAUAUAUGGAGCUAUGAUGAAAGGUUAUAUAAAAAAUAAAUUGGCAAAUAAAGCAAUUGAUCUUUUCAAACAAAUUAAAAGUCCUGAUAAAGUUAUUUUUGUUCUUUUGUUUAAUGCUUGUGCUCAAUUGGGUACAAAUGAAACAUUAAAUUUAGUAAAACAUGUUUCAUCAAAUAUUCCAAAAAAAUUUUAUUCGGAUACUUAUAUUUUAACUUCUCUAAUUGAUGUAUUAAUGACAUGUGGUGAUCAAACAUAUGCUCAAUUAUUAGUUGAAAACUCAAAAAUAAAAACAUUACCAAUGUAUGCAGCUAUGAUGAAAGGUUAUAUUAAAAAUAACUGUUCAAAUAAAGCUAUUGAUCUUUUCAAACAAAUAAAAAAUCCUAAUGAAAUUAUUAUCAAUCUAUUCUUUAAUGCUUGUGCUCAAUUGGGCACAGAUGAAGCAUUAAACUUAAUAAAAAAUGUUUCAUCAAAUAUUCCAAAAACAUUUUAUUCAAAUCGUUAUAUUGUAACUUCUCUACUUGAUGGAUUAAUUAAAUGUGGUGAUAUUAAAUCUGCUCAAACAUUUUUUGAAACAUGUCAAAUAAAGACAUUGUCUAUGUAUGGUACUAUGAUGAAAGGCUUUAAUAUAAAUAACAUGGCAACUGAAACAGUUGAAACGUUUAACCAGAUUCAUCAUGAUCAGUUUUAUACAGAAAAUAAUCAUUUAUAUUCUAAGAAAGGAAUUGAUUAUUUUGAACAAAAUGUUAUUAUAUAUCUUUGUGUGAUUAAAGCAUUAGCAAAAAUUGCUAUAUUGUCUACAUCUCAAUCGAUUGCUCAACGAAUUCCAACUUCUUAUUUAACUCAUCGUCAAAUCCAAAAUGCAUUAAUUGAUAUGUGGGUAUGUUCAAGAACAUUUGCUUUAUGUGCAUUUGUCUUUUUAAAAAACAAUUGA